CCAGCUCUACCUGCGCCAUACGUGGAUUACUGGCCUAAGCAUCGCAGUAUGAGGACUAGCAUCAAAAGUGUUUCUCCGCUGGCGAAACGCAGCCAGCCUUAUCAACUAUCUGGUCAUACACGAGAAGUUUCGGGAGGAAGUUUGUGCACUGGCUUGGUGUUUCUGACGUGUUGCACCUUCUCGAAAGUAUGCUGCUUCGAAGUGAUGCGACCGUUGGGAAGCUUAAAAAGCUCGUGUGCGUUUUAGGGCUCGUGGUGCUAUUUCUCAUCGUGCGUUUGUUGUGCACUUGGAGCGAGCAACACCAGAUGUCAUGUUUGUACAUGGCGCACGUAACUCCAUGUACGUGUAACGCCAUACGGUGUUUCAGACAGAUGUGCAUUAUUUUAAGAAAUCUCUACGAAACUGUGAUGGCCAGGUGCAGAAAAGAUGCGUCAGAAACAACAGCGCAGUCUCCCUCCAUCGAUGAAAAGCGGUACGGUGAGAGCACUCCUAAAGGUACACCGACACAGUCUACAAGGUCUCUCUUAUUCAGUGCGAAGUGGUACAACAAGACUCCUCCUAAUGGUACACCGACACAGUCUACAAGGUCUCUCUUAUUCAGUGCGAAGUGGUACAACAAGACUUAUCCUAAUGAAUCCGGUACCCAGGGCCAAGACCACAUAUGGUUCCUCGAAACAUCCUUUAAAAGAAAACUCAGUCCCAGGCAAGCCUGCAGCAUUGAGUCAGCCUGCCGUAACAACGGUACACCGACACAGUCUACAAGGUAUCCCUUAUUCAGUGCGAAGUGGUACAACAAGACUCUACCAAAUGGCAAGUCGAACAAUGACGGAGACCACAUAUGGUUCCUCGAAACAUCAUAUAAACGGAAACUCGGCCCCAGAGAAGCCUGCAGCAUUGAGUCAGCCUGCCGGAACAACGGCGACUACAAGGUGAACGUGAGAAGCAACGAUAUGGAGCACCUGAGGCAACCUGAGCCGCUACGUUUGGCAGCGGAUGGCGGAAGUAACUGGAAGCGGUUUCGUCAGCAGUUCGAGUUUUUUCUGCAAGCGACGGUAUGCAAAGCCAAUCCGAGGUCGGAAGCGCCGAAGACGGCCCUGCUCCUCAGCGUGGCGGGGGAGGAAGCCUUGGACGUCCUCAACAAUAUUGUGUUCAAUGGAGAAGAGAACAAGGAAGACUACAACACCGUGAUUGCCAAGUUCGAAGAAUACGUUUCACCACCUGUACGUUUCACCACCUGCCAUGCGAAAAGUUCAAUCAUUUUGUUUAUGGCCGCCUCCUCAUCCUCGAGAGUGAUCACAGUCCCCUGA